AUGGUGGUUCAGGUGAUGAUGAUCGGAUGUGGUUCAGAUCGACGAUGGAUCAGAUCGGUGAUGGUCAAUGGUGGUUUAGAUUGGCGGUGCUUCAGAUCGAUCGAUAGUAGUCGGCGGUGGUUUAGAUCAGUGGUGGUCGAUGGUGGCGGUCGACGAUGGUUCGGAUCGGUGGUGGUCGAUGGUUGCGGUAGACGAUGGUUCAUAUUGGUGGUGGUCGAUGGUGGCGGUCGACGAUGGUUUAGAUCGGUGGUCGUCGGUGGUGGCGGUCGGCGGUGGUUCAGAUCGGUGGUCGUCGGUGGUAGUUCAGACCGGUGGUAG